GUGGGGGCCUGCCGAGUGCCGCGGCGGCCGCCGGGCGAGUGGGAUGGUGAAGAGGAAGAGGGCGCAGUCCGAGGUGGAAUCGGAAGAGGCGCUUCAGUUGGAGGAGGAGGAAGAUCAUAGGGAGGAUAAGGACGAGGUUGGCUACGUGAUGUACAGAAGCAUUGAAAAGACAAAACCAUGUGUUUACAGGGACAGGGAGGAAUGGGCAGAUAUUGAACCCGUCCCUCAAAACGAUGGCCCAAAUCCCGUUGUGCAGAUCAUCUACAGUGAAAAGUUUCGAGAUGUCUAUGAUUACUUCCGGGCUGUUCUGCAGCGGGAUGAGAGAAGCGAAAGAGCUUUCAAGCUAACAGCAGAUGCCAUUGAGUUAAAUGCUGCAAACUACACAGUUUGGCAUUUUCGGAGAGUUCUGCUGCAGUCUUUGGGAAAGGAUCUCCACGAGGAACUGAAGUAUAUUACAGCUAUCAUUGAAGAUCAGCCAAAGAACUACCAAGUCUGGCAUCACAGACGAGUUUUGGUGGAGUGGUUGCAGGAUCCAUCCCAAGAGCUUGAGUUCAUAGCUGACAUUCUUAACCAAGAUGCCAAAAAUUACCAUGCAUGGCAACACAGACAAUGGGUUAUUCAGGAGUUCAAAUUAUGGGACAAUGAACUGGAAUAUGUAGACCAGCUUUUGAGAGAAGAUGUGAGAAACAACUCAGUUUGGAACCAACGUCACUUUGUAAUUUUCAACACCACUGGCUACGAUGACCCAGCAGUCCUAGACAGAGAAGUCCGAUACACUCUUGAGAUGAUCACAGCAGUGCCACAUAAUGAAAGUGCUUGGAACUAUUUAAAAGGGAUCCUGCAGGACUAUGGUCUUUCUAAGUAUCCAAAUCUGUUGGAGCAGCUGUUGAAUUUACAGCCCAGCCACAGUUCACCCUAUCUUAUUGCCUUUCUUGUGGACAUAUAUGAAGAUAUGCUUGAAAACCAGUGUGAUAACAAGGAAGAAACACUAAACAAGGCUUUGGAGCUGUGUGAAAUCCUGGCCAACGAAAAGGACACCAUUCGAAAGAAAUACUGGAGAUACAUUGGGAGGUCACUGAAGAACAAGCACAGCUCGGAGAGAAAACAGACCCCACUGACAGACCAGCAGCAGUAAAUGACCAAGGGACAAAAGAGUGCUAAACUCUGAAGCUGUUCUGAAGCAGUACUAAGUAAGGUCAUCAACUAGGUUAAAAUGCAGUGUUGUGUUCCCUUGGUGGAGAGGUAUUGCAGUGAAAGAGAAGGGCGGAGUACUGAGUAACCUCAGGUCAUUUCUGCUACCGGUGUUAGCUCUAAGUGUGUUCAAGAAAUGUGUUAAAGCUUAAUUACAGAAGUGUAUUUAAGGAUUUAUUUAUCAAAAAACUGAGUUCACAGAAUCAUGGAAUUAACCAGGUUGGAAAAGACCUUCAAGGUCAUUGAGUCCAGCCUUUUAUAAGGCACUAAACCAGUUUCUCAUGCUGUUGCUUAGCUAGUUGAGGUUCCUAACAGUCACAUCUGAUAGUGCAAUAAUGACUGCAGGAAUAAAAUCAUAGGAAGUUUUGGUUGCAAGAGACCUUUAAAUUAAACUAGUCUAACUGUUAACUCAGCAUUGCUAGGUCACUCCUAAGCACCUCAUCUACAUGUCUCUUAAAUCCCUUCAGGGAUGGGGCCUCCAGCGCUUCCCUGAGGAGCCCAUUCCUGUGCUUUACAACUGUCUGUGAAUAAUUUUGUGCUAAUAUGCAACUUAAACCUCCUCAUGCACAACUUUCCUCCUGUCAUAUGGCUCCUUACCUGAGAGAGGACACUGCCCCCUGCCUUGCACAACCUCUUUUUUAGUAGUUUUAGAGAGCAGUAGGAUGUGCCCUCAACCUUCUUUUCUCCAGGCUAAACAAUGCCCAUUCCCUCAGUCACUCCUAAGAAGACUUCUGCUCUUGACCCUCCGGCAGCUUUAGUGCCCUUUGAAUGUGCUCCAGCUACUUAAUGUCUUGUCUUGUAGUGGAUAUGAAGUAACCUAUGGAUAAGUGCAAGGAGAUUCAGGAGUUGUUGCUUGUGGGGAAGCAGCUGUGAGAUGCUGACAGUAGAUGGGGAUGUAUGCAACUAAUAACAAGUGUCAUUUUGUAAUAAAACACUUGACUGAAUGUUUUUAAACCUGUUUCUUUUUAUCUCUUUUUAAUGUGCAGACUCUCUUUUACUCAGAUGCUACUGGAGAUAAAAUAUCCCUUUUUAGAGAUUUUUUUGGAUUCUGUUGAAUUGCAGUUAAGUUUUGUCCUGGAGUAUUCCCAUUCCAGAAGACUUCCAUGCACUUGAUGUAUUCAGUGGAGCCUUAAAUUCUCAUCUGCCCAGCCAAGAAAAAAUGUUUUGAAGAUCUGCUUAGGGUUUUGUUGGUUUGAGGUUGUUUUUUAGGGGUUGGGGUUUUUUUUGGUUGGUUGGUUUUGAUGGGUUUGUUUAUGUUUUGUUUUGGGGGUUUUCUUUAUUCUGUUUAUAUAGAUGAAAAUCUGAAAUGUUCUGGGUUUAGUUCUUUUUCACACUCCAACAACAGACCACACUGAGUUGGUCUGAGUUGCUGACCUGUGGGCCAGAAGAGGUAACAAGCUAGUUAUUGUAUGUAUCUUCAUUGAACUGGAAGGAAAUGAAUGGUUUUAUUGAAGACCUGCUCUCAUUAAAUGUCUUAACCUUGUUGCUCCUGUAGGCUUUUUAUAUCUUCUAUGUGUGUAUUCAGCCAAGAAAUAUUUUUUUCCUCUCCUUCAUGAAAGACUGAAGGCAUCGACAGUACUGGACUACAAAGGGUGUGUAUAUCUGUCCAGGGAAGCUGCUGUAUCUGCCCUCUUUUAAGUAAAUGGCUGUUUGAGACUA